UUCUCACCUUUCACCCCACAGAGCUGAAAUUAAAUUGUUUACUUCAAUGUUUAUUCAUGUGCUGAACGCUACUUAUACUUUUGCGAAGCGUAAUCUAUUCACUGACGGAAAUGUAUGCUGGGAACUACAGAAGAGGGCACCUUUGGGUUAAAAAAUGCUGGAAUACAGAAGCAGUUCAGAAAGGAGAGCAAAUUCUUUCACUAUUGACUGGAAUAAGUAAGAGAUGGAAAGAAGUACCUGGAAAAGAUGAAGACUGAGAUGGGAGGAGAGUAAUUGAGACAUGUGAGGGAGAAAGGGAGGGAGAAAAGGCAUCUGAUGAAGAGGGGGAUAUGCACAAACACACACACACACACACACAGGGAGAGAGGGAGAAAAGAAACUGUUAAAGCGUCUGUUCGCUGUUGCCAGUCUCAGCUUCGCUCAGUUUGUGCAGGAGGCUGCAGCUCCUUCCCUCCAGGAUCUCUACCAGCAUCACUGAGCAGAUCUGAAGUCUCCUCACUCUCAGCUGGGAUCACUUCAUGAUUUCCCCUUUUCUUUCUUUCUUUCCUUCCUUUUCUUUUUCUUUUCCUGGUGAAUGGAUGACAACAGCCAGCCGUAUAUAAAUGGAUUUCUCGCAGCUGAACUAAUUUGAGUUCAAACACGGGAUCUGGAGAGAUCAGACAGAACAGGGCGCUCCAAGUCCGCCUCUCGUGUUGCUGGUUUGCGGGCGCAGCACUUCAUUGUGCCUUGGAUAUGGGACCGUGCGUCAGCCCAGCGGGAUCCGGAUCCGGUGCCGUGGGAAGAGCGUCCUCCUGAAGCAGGAAAAAGACCCUCUGCUGGGUUUUCCUCUUCUUCUUUGAUUCUAAUUAUUCUGUGGAGGGAGGGGCGGCUUUGAGAUUUACGCGCCGGAAUGAUGCGUCCCAACCGCGGCUUCAUCCUGCUCCUCCUCAACGGAACCGCUUGUUUGGUGGUGAUAGGUCAAGAAGAUGACUCCUCCAACGCCAAGAGCUCCUCGGACGCCUCCUCCAAGACGGUGGGCCUUCUGAACGGACAAGCCUCUCACUCGCCCCUGAGCCGAUGGAUGCAGCACAGUAAAAGCAGAGCUGCUAACUCCACCUCCCUGGAGCUGCCUUACCGCUCCCCAGUCCCUUUCUCCAAGCAGGAGUUUUCCAAACAAGAGUUCUGGGAGAUGUUGGGCAGUGACCUGCUCAAACCAGACGCCUCCAGCUCCAGGGUCAAGCGCCGGCCGAUCGUUAAGACCGGUAAGUUCAAGAAGAUGUUCGGCUGGGGAGACUUCUACUCCAACAUCAAAACGGUGAGGCUCAACUUGCUCAUCACCGGCAAGAUUGUGGAUCACGGCAACGGCACUUUUAGCGUAUACUUUCGGCACAACUCGACGGGUCAGGGCAACAUCUCUGUCAGCCUGGUCCCGCCCGUCAAGGCCGUGGAGUUCGACCUGGAGCGCCAGAGCGUCGUCUACCCAAAAGACUCCAAGAUAUUUAACUGCCGCGUGGACUACGAGAAGGUGGAUCGGAGCAAGCGCACCUCGUUGUGCAACUACGAUCCAUCCAAGACCUGCUUUCAGGAGCAGAUCCAGAGCCACGUGUCCUGGAUUUGCUCCAAGCCUUUCAAAGUCAUCUGUAUCUACAUUUCCUUCUACAGUACGGACUACCGUCUAGUGCAGAAGGUUUGCCCGGACUACAACUACCACAAUGAGAUGCCCUACCUUCCUUCAGGCUAGAGGAAGCAUGAGGGGUAGGAGAGAGGAAAAGUGGGGUGACUGAACAUGCGAGGAGGAAACGAGGGCGGAAAAUGUCAGCAAGACACCUUAAAACAAAACAAAACAUGUAGCCUGACUAUUGUAAUAUGUAAAAACAUAUAUGCAAACUCCAGUAUGCAUUUAGGAAACACCCGGGACUGGCAGUGAAACUCUACCACCAACACAUUUUACCUCAGUCCUGUUUCGAAACUCGAACAUCUGCGCAGCAUUCCUCCAACCAAUUUAGUCGUUUCUGAAUCUUAUCUGAGUGUCCUUUUUAAUCGCCCUUUGCAAAGUCGCAAGAAUUGAAAGUGGGCUUUUAAAUGGUGUGGUAAUUCACAAGAGAGCUGCAGACAGAUUCAGCGUUUAUGAUAAUUAUCAUGUCGUGUUUAACAUUGUGCUCUUUAAAGAUGAUUUAAACAGACCACGGGGAACAUAAAGUAUCCAUUUGCUCACAAAAGUGCAGAUGAAUGUGGAGUGUAACCAACCGCAGCGUCAUUAAAGUGACGCUCAGACCUUUCAAAGGGCAGACGUUUAUGGGAACUCGGUGCCAAAACAAUGCCAAAACUUCUGACACAAACAUCAGCGACUGCCAAUGUAUCCCUCAAUUAAAUCCCCUCCAAAAAUAAUGUAUAAAUAAAAAGAAAUUGAUUUGCAGAGUUUCAGGUCCAGGGUUUAGGACGAGCUCGGUGUGAAGGCAAUAACGAGAUUGUACGGCGGUGCAGAAUUGGAACCUCCACACUGAUGAGAGCGAGUACAAGGUAGCAGGGUGAGAGAUGCAGAGAUUCAGAGCUCUUUUAAUUAAAGUGGGGAAGGAGACGUGGGGUAUGCGGCGGCGUCUAUUGUCCCUUCUGUAUGAAAAAGAUUACAUUUUGUUGCCGUCAGGAUUCCUGAUUUCACGCCUUGAUAACUUUGACUGUGUGCAGGAGAUUGCUCUCUUGCUCUCUCUCCUGACAAAUACUGCAUUCACCAAAGUAAACCCAGUUAUCUUGAAUAAAUGAAAAUAUUAUCAUAAUAAUUACAUAUAAUUUAAUCUCUUUCAGAUGUAAUUAAGGCUUCAAUGAGAGCGCAAAAUGUGUUCCUAAAAAUCGAGUCAGUGGGAAGGAGGAUAAGAGAAAAUACAGUGAGGAUUGUAUUUGGAUGGCGCCAGCCGCCACAGUUUAGCCCUGAGUUAACUGCUCUCAUUAAGAUAAACGGCUAGUAGCUGGCCCUUCUCAUGUUACACACACAAACAAUAUCAGAGCACAGCCAAGAAAUAAAUCACGUUGCUUAAAUCUUUAUGAGGACAUGACGACUUUUUGGUUAAUUAACAAGGAGCAUUCAUAAGACAGGUUUGAGGAGCCAAUGAGCAGAUCAGGUAUCCAGUUUGAUGCCAAUGUGAUGAGGCAUCGGUGACAAAGUUCAGAUGUGACGUAAAGCCGUCCGUUUGGGGCCCGAGAUUUAGCCGCUUCUUUUGUACCACUUUACUUACAAAGCGUCAGCACAUAAAACAAAAUUAAGACAAAAAAUUUAAUUCAACCCGUUCAUGCAUAACAGUCAGUGCAGUGGUCAGCUGUUGUACAAUACACCGCCAACUACUGGCCAUCCACUGCAACUGCAAAUAAAUCCAAGAUGGCAGAAAAAAACAUGCCUCCAAUCCCUCCUAAUACUGUAGAGCCAAGUAAAGACCAAUACUAAUGAUGUUCCAAAUAACUUACAACUUAUCACAUAAAAAAUAAUCCUAGAAAUCAGAAAAUCAAACACACUUUGGAAAAAAUUCUGACAUAAGGAUUCAUAAUUCAUGCAUGAAAGGGUUAAAAAUGCAAAUAUACGUACAUUUAAAGUGAAAACAUCUUUAUAUAUACUUAACUCUGUGGUGCAAAACUGAACUGAUGAACUGACAGGUACAUUAUUGCAAAGGAAAAACAAAUCCUCCAUGUCCUUUAGGGGCUGCGUUGCACAAAUACCAACAUCAGGACAAAAUAUUGACCCUUUGCAACUACGUCACUUAAUCGAGGCGCCGUUACGGACAGUCGGAAGUGGGGGGCGGGAAGAGAGCGACUGAAAUUGUUUUCCAAAGUUGUUUUUGCCAGUUUAUUCAAAUCUACUUGUUCCAGUCGAGCUAAUUUGUCUGUGAGCGUUAAAUACCUGGUUGUGGCUCAGAGUCGCUGGUAUUUACAGAAGUUUGAAUCAGCUAAGAAACUGACCCGAACCUCCUCCCUCCUGACGUGUUGAUCAAAUUAAUGACUUUACACAUGAUUCAUAUCAAUAUGUCAUAAACAGCGCUUCUCCUUAAACCGAGGCAGGAUUAAAAACGUCCAAAAGACGAGAUGCUAAUCAGUUUGUUCCUUACAUGCUAGGCUGGAUGACAGCGCAGCACUGUCUCCAUGAUUACCAAUCCUUAGACGCUCCAUUAGUGACACGUUUGAUUUGUUUGUAAUCAUACCUACUACGCAUAUUAAAGUCACACUGAGGGCUGCCAGUCAUUGUGAUUAACAGCUGCUAUCCACAACUUUCCUCAUUAGGUUAUAAAAUAAAAUGACAAGUUUGGUUUCCAGCCUUGUCUGUUUGUGCAGCCGACAGCACAGCAGCCUGUGACCAUUUUUACUGCGAAAUCAACCUAAUAAAAGCAACAUUAAACUACCAGAUGUGUGUUUCUGAAGGGCUUUACGGGAGCGAAUAAUGGCGGAGUGGGCGGAGUCUCGAAGAGCGUGACGUCACAUGCAAACAACAAACAAAAGCCAAAUGAAUCAGAUUUAAGUUCUAACAAGACAGAAUGUGUGAAUGCUCAUUAGGUAUGAAUAGUUUUAAACUAUAAAGAUGUGACAAUCUGUUCAUCAAAGUUUUUUAAAAUUGAAAAAAGCUCAUUUUCGUCCCUCCAGCAAAUAUGAGCAGUUCACAAAGAUGUCAGCAGGGAACAAGGCGGCAAAUUCGCCUACAGACAUCAUGAAUGUUGUUUUUCUGUCCUCUCUUAGCUGGGCGCUGAUUUUAUUCAACAAUAUUUUAAUCAUUUGCUGACACGUGAAUCUGUCUGCCUCUUCUUCUACCAAGCUAAUAUUAGCGACAGGAAUCUGAAAACACCAUAUUGGCUGGCUUCACCUCUCACAAAUAAUAAAUAAACACUGAGUCUCCUUUGAGCAAACAUUACACGUUAGGCAGCAGCUCAAACUGAAUCUCUGACGCCUGUUUGAAGGAUCUUUUCCUGAACUGCUGGAUUGAAUACAAAGUUUUAACGUGUUUCAAAUGCAUCAACCAGCAUGACUGAGCCGCAUCUUUCUUCUUUAUUUUAGUAACCUCGUCCUCUGGCUUAUUUCACCUCUUUCUGUAUAUUAGGCUGGUGUUUACGUUUGACUCGCUCUACCUCCAUCCGCUUCACUGCAAAAAUACAAAACGUCAUAAAAUGAUUUUGGUCUAGUUUCUUAGUUAAAUAAGACUUAUAAGUAACUUUUCAGCCAGAUACAGGAGCUUGUUUAAAGCCAAUAAUUCUUUAAAAAACCUCGUUCCACAGGCGGGGUGUGUUUUGUUUUGUUAUAAGUGAAAAAACCUGUCAGUAAAAUUCUUAAUUUUUUAUCAAUAAUAAGAAAUCACUGACACCUAUAUAAAGGUGCAGUAUGUAAAUUUUAUUUUUAAAAAAACUUCUUACAUAUUGGCCAUGAGAAAGAUAAACUGUAAAAAGAUCAAUCUUCACCUCCUCCCUGGUUUACAAUCACAGUCUGAACAAAUGUGUCGCUCCCGGUCAAAAACAACCAAUCAGAGCCAGGAGGAGGGUCUAAACACUGCCAAUCAUCCUCGUAAAUGUGCUGCUAAAUGUGCUAAUGACAGAGGAACAACUCACAUUUGCAGAAAAAAAUGUACCCGCCGUCAUAGGUGGCUACAUUAAGUAGCUUUAGCAUUUAUGACUGACACAGGCAUGAUUGACAGCGCUAAGAGCCACCAAAAUGAUCGGUUUAAAAAAGAUAGUUUUUGAUAAAAGUUUUAUAUUGCAGCUUCAAAACAAGCUUUUCCGUUGUACUAAAAAGCUACUUGUAAGUUAGUUUUGUCUUAUUUCUCUAUCAGACAAAAAAAACCUUUGGUAAUUGUGUUUUUGCAGUGUUGCCCCCUCCUCAGCACACAUUCCUGAUUACAGCUGGCGAAUAAUUAAUUUCUACAUCUUUAUUUUUAUAAAACAUCAUGUUCACACACAGUCUUAAGAUGUAUUUGUUUAGUUUCUUCCUCCCUCCUGUUCAACCGUCUUGCGUAAGCUCCCGGAUCGGGAGGACGUUCGCCGUCCCGGAGAGCAUGCUAACGCGCCCCUUAAAACCACCACCCAUCCCGCAGAUCCUCGUCCCGCAGGGCGUCCGGAAACUCACACACCACGGAAUCAAAGCUUGGAAACAACAAGCCCUCGGCAACUCUGACAAUGGAGAAAAACAAAAGACAAAAAGGACAAAAGUCGACAUGAAGCUCCGUCCUCUUCUCCUUACUGAUCCUCUCAAGUAUAGAGCAAUACUCUCAGCGAGACGCCACCCUCCUUGCCUCUCUGGGGAACAGAAAAGGCUGCUGAACUGCGGUUAGCAGGCGAACAUGUUGCUGUGGGACGGAAGGUGUUGUUAGAGCAGCAGCCUUACUAUUUACCCAUCUGGUGCCAACAGACAUGUGAACAUUUGGCCUUAAAGGCUGCAAGCAGCAGUGGUCCAUUCAGAACAGAAAAAUUACAAAAAUAAGACUGUUUAAACAUAAAUAUACAUAUAUAAAUAAUAUAUAUAUAUAUAUAAAAGCUACGAGUCCUGAGAUCUGAAUAAAGUUGUAUUUAAAUGUGGGUCAUGCUGUGAAGGUUGUCUGUUUUACGUUUUUGUUCCUUAUAGUUUUGCUUUUCUGUGAAUGAUAAACUGUACGGAUGAAAUGAUGGAUUUAAAACAAACCAAUAAAGUACGCAGAGCUACUUACAAGACUUAAA